UAUUAAGGUUUAUCGAUGAUCUUUCCUAUCCGCGGCGCAUCAGGUUGCGGGGUUCGCGGGGCAACGUUAAAUGCGAGCGCGUCGAGUUAACGUAACGUCACAAUUCGCGACGCGGCGGAUCACUCUACGUAGGUUUGCCGUGUCGUGCCGCGACGCGGAAAAUCAUUUUUGGGGAUACUCGACGACGCCGAUAAUAAAUAUGUAAACGAAGAGGCUCCACUUAUUGAGGCUGUGCGCGCGUCCGUGGAUCAGCAGCGUCUAGAGAGACGUGUCGUUCCUGACGUAUUUUCCCCAUUUCGAUUUUUAACCUGCGCAUCGAGGAAACGAACGAAAAGAAUAUCGAGAGAACUGGAGAACGAAGGAAAAGCCGCCGUAUGCCAAAAUGUCAUUCGAGGGAAAGUACAACGCCAAGAGCCCGGCGGUGAAAAGAUUAAUGAGAGAGGCACAAGAGUUGCAUGAAGCUACUGAAGAGUAUUACGCAUCUCCUCUUGAGGAGAAUCUAUUUGAGUGGCAUUUCACAGUACAAGGACCGCCAUCCACAGACUUUGAAGGUGGUGUUUACCAUGGAAGGAUUUUAUUACCACCAGAGUAUCCUAUGAAACCACCAAAUAUCAUUUUGUUGACACCAAAUGGCCGUUUUGAAACAAAUAAGAAAAUAUGUCUGAGUAUUUCUGGUCAUCAUCCUGAAACAUGGCAACCAUCAUGGAGUAUUAGAACGGCACUGUUGGCUUUGAUAGCUUUCAUGCCUACACCAGGAAGCGGUACCAUUGGAGCAUUAGAUUACAGUACUGAGGAACGGCAAAAACUUGCCAAAAAAUCAUUGAACUGGCAAUGUGAUACAUGUGGUAAAGUUGUAAACUUGUUGUCCAAGAACUCAGUUAAAAAACCUAUCACCGAGGAAGAGCAAACCAUGCUGAAUACAAUUGCCCUAAAGGCUGAUGAUUCACCUACAUCAGAUGUAUCUUUUGCGGAUAAUACGGGAAGUUCACCCGAGAACGAAAUACGACACCGUAACGUGGAAACGAUUUCGAUGGAAAAUGCAGAUCGUCAACAAGCUGAUAUUAUUCUAAAUCGUGUAGAGACAAUGUCCUCUUCAAACGAUUUAUUUUGGAGUAUUCUUAUCGCCUCAUUAGUAUCCGCAAUUAUUCUAUUGAUCCUACGACGAUUAUUUCUUGUUUAACUUAUUCUUUUUUGAAAGACAAAAAUAUGUCUGGAAAAUAAAAUAAAUUUUAUACAUGUUUUAUGGAUAUCGUUAAUAAGACAAAAAAAACAAUCAGAUUCAUAUUUAACACAAACUGUCUGAUUUUCAUAAAAACGUAUAUAAUACAUGACGAAAGUAUGCAUUAAUAUAUUAUAUAUCUCUAUAUUUUUUGUUCUUGUAGAACUGCACUUAUAUUUAUCUUCUUUUAAUUAUUG